GAAAAAAUAAUAAUAACUAUCUGUAUAUGUGUAAAUUGUAAUUACAAAAUCUCAAUGGCACAUUUAACACAAAAAUUAAAAUACAAAUUAAUUAACAAAACAAUUAUUAAUUCAAAGAUUAAAUAACAAUUUUAUAUAAAAAAAUAAAUUUAAUAUUACAUGUGGUAUUUAAUAAGAAAAAAUAUUAAUAAUGACAGAAGAAAUUCAACAACCAGACAGCAGCUGUAGCAAUAUUGCUAAUAAUUCACUUUCAGCAUCAACUGAUAGUCAAAAUUUCGAAUCAAAAACAAAAGUUGAUAGUAAAAAAGAAAAAUGUAAACCAAUGACCAAGGUAGUUAUUAGAAGAUUGCCACCUUCAAUGACACAAGCACAAUUUGUUGAACAAAUAUCACCAUUACCAGAUAAUGAUUAUCUUUAUUUUGUCAAAGCUGAUAUGUCACUUGGACAACAUGCAUUUUCAAGAGCAUAUAUUAAUUUUAUUGAUCAACAACAAAUAUUUGAUUUUCGUGAAAAAUUUGAUAAUUAUGUAUUUGUUGAUGCUAAAGGAACUGAAUAUCCAGCUGUUGUUGAAUUUGCACCAUUUCAACGUUUACCAAAAAAACGUAUUGCUAAAAAAAAAGAAAUGAAAUGUGGUAAUAUUGAGGCUGAGCCAUAUUACAUUAGUUUUAUUGAAAGUUUAAAAAAUCAAGAAACUGAUGCUGCAAUUGCACAACCAAAAACAGAAUAUUCAUUUCAACCAUUUGAAAAUGCUCAAAAAAAAGUAACAAGUACACCAUUAUUGGAAUUUUUAAAACAAAGAAAACAGGAUAAACAACGAGUUAGAGAUGAAAAACGUGAAGAAAGAAAACGACGUGAUUUGGAAAAACGUAAAGCCAAAGAUGAGCCAACAAUUUCAAAGGUUUUAAAAAAUCCAGAUGUUGAGCGUGAAUUGGGCCGAGAAAAUAAAGAAAAUAAAGAAGAAAAAGAAAAAAUAAUACCAGUUAAAGAUUUAACUAAAAAUCGUAAAAAAGAUGAGGUUAAAAUUCGUGAAAAACCACUUGUAAUAAGAGAACGUGAAACCAAAGUACCAUCUAAAAAUUAUAGAGAUGAAAAAAAAUAUCAAGAGCGUGAUGUUAAAAAUCAAAAAAAAUAUGAAGAAAAAAAAAUAUAUAAUCGUAAAGAUGACAACAAAGAUUAUUUACAAAAAGAUGAUAAAAAAAAUCAUGAAAUUGUUAAUAAAGUAACAAAAGAUGAUAAAGAUAAAAAAAUUGAAGAAAAAAAAGGUAAAAGUUAUGAAAAAAUGAGAAAAGAAAAACGUAAAAUUGCUGAAAAUAAAAAACAAAUAAUUGAUAAUCAAAAAGAUUUAUCAAAAAAAGAUGAUUAUGAGCAUAAAAAAAUUGAAAUAAUAAAACGAGAUGUUGAAAUAAUCCAUAAACAAAUUGAAAAAAUUAAUGAUAAUUCAAUUGAAGUAAAAAAAGAUAUAAAGAAAAAAAAAUUUAAAGAAACAGAUGAUAAAAAAAUUAUUGGUGAUACAGAAAAAUGUGAUGAACAAAUUGAUGAAAUCCCAAUGCAAAUUGAUCUUGAUGAAAAUGUAAAAUCAACAAAAACAAAUAAACGAGAUAAUAAAAAAAUUAAAAGAAGAAGUUCAUUAGAGAGUGGUGGUGAUGUUAUUGACAAUGACAAUGUUCAUCUUCGUCGUCAUAAAUCACUGGAUGGUGAUGAUGAUGAUGAUAAUCUACAAAAAAAUCAAGACUAUUGUAAAAAUAAAAAUAAAAAAGAAUCAAAAACAGAAAGAAGAAUUCGUAACAAGGAUCGACCAGCAAUGGAAAUAUAUCGACCAGGUAUGGGAAGAUUUAGUAAGCAACGAUUAGAACGUGAAAAACCAACAUCAGAUGAACGUUCCUAUUCAUCAGAGAGUCCAACACCUGGUGCUAAAUCAUCAAUGAAAUCAGCAGUUUCAAGUAGCUCCAUUGAUACUAAAAUCAUUGAGUCAACAUCAGCAACACUCAAACGAAGUACCAGUCGUGAUGGUCCAUAGUCAGAUUAUUAUUUCUACUAUUAUUGUGAAUAAAUAUAUGUUUAUUAAUUAACAAAAAAAUAUUAUAUUAAUUUAGUGGUUUUUAUACUCUACUAAAUUACAAUAAUACAUUAAAAAUAGCAAACAAAAA